AUGGAUUGGUCAGGAAAUACAUGUCUCAUUGGAAAAUGUAAACAGAUGCAGUUUAUUAGGGCAAAUCCAAGUACUGGUAUACAAGAUGGUAUUGCGAAAAGCGCCUUGAGACCAACCAUUUGUGGUAAAGAGAUACGAUCUUUCUACGAAACUUUGCUGGCUGAACCGUCCACUUCAGUAGUUGUACCGGAUAUUACGAUGACUGUGAAAUUGGAGAAGAUCAAGAAUAGCAAUCAACAUCCUUGGAAGUUCACGAAACUAUCGAAUAAAAUCUCAAAGAGGCACGAUGAUACUGCUAGAAACUGUGAGCAGUUUUUCAAGAAUGCCGCAAAUGGCAAUAUGCAAGGUAUUAUGGAUUAUUGUGAGAAAGGGAUGGAUAGUAAUGUAUCGGAUCAGUAUGGUUGGACUGCACUGAUGUGUGCAAGUUAUGCGGGUCAUUUGAAUAUUGUUAAAUAUUUGUUAUCGAUGGGAGUAGAUAUUUCGAAACGGAGCAAAUCAGGUGAAACAGCUGCUGACUUUGCAUUGAAAUGUGGACAUCAUGAAAUAUAUCGAUAUAUUUUUUCAUAUAAAAAGGAGAAAUCUGAGGUAACGUCCGAAUCAUCCUUGCGAAAAAUCAGAGAAUCCGGAAAACUUGUAAAAAGUACACGCUUUUGUGACGCCUGUCAAUGUACUUAUGUAGGAGAAGCUCAUCUAAGCAGUGUAGUACAUCUUUUGGAAACCCGAAAACCAGUGCUCGAUCAAGGCUAUGGAAUUCCAGAAUGGAAUAAAGGUUAUCGUAUUUUGCGAAGAAGUGGGUGGAAUGAAUUUGAAGGAUUAGGUCGUGAUGCGACCGGUCGGCGAUAUCCAAUAAAAACAAUGUUGAAGAGAGAUAAGCUUGGCUUAGGUUUUGCUACCUUCGAUGCACGUAAAGUGACUCAUUUCAAGACAAGUGAUGUGAACACGGGGAACUUAGGGCUUGCAACAAGAGAAAAAGAGAUGAAAGACCACAGGAAACGAAUACUUCAUGAGAAGAUUUUUGAGCGUCGAUUUAGAAGUAUGUUUAGAGAUGAAUGA